UGAACUGUUUUGUUAUGGUCAAGUCAAGUGAACAAAAAUCGAAGCAGAAGAAAAUGGGAAAAGGCCGAAAGUAGUGGCAGGACAUUUGCGACCGGAUGCAAGCGUGCGUGACAAUUAAAAAUUAAAGCCGAGUGAAUAAGCCGGAGGCAGUUAGUUAGAUAAUUGCAGUAGGAGCCGGGAGGCAGUCAGUCAGUCCAGCAUGUUCUUUCGGCGCGUUUUGGAACGCAAGGAUAGCGCUGGCAAAGCGCUCCCUACGACGACGACGGAAAGUCCGCCAGGGCAGUACAACAGCGAGGACAGCGAGAGUGUCACUUACGUGAGCGAAGUCAAGGACAGCAAUAACAACCAGUCGGUGGGCGGUGCACCUCUGCCCGCUGCAAUGAAAGUCCAACGCCGGGCGGAGUCGGGCCCAAUCGGUGCCGUGCAGCUGACACCGUUGUGGGAGCAUAUUCUGCGCACCCGCCGCCUGCCGGAAACAAUUUUCCCCAGCGCCAUAUUCGCCGAGUUCCACGAGCGCCUGCAGGACCCCGAGUGGCAGGUGCGCCAGCACGCCCUGCGAGUCCUCGUCGACGUUCUUGUGGUGAUGCAAGACGAGGCCGAUGGCCACAUGGAGCAGGAGCAGCUCAUUGGAUUGCUGGUGGAGAACCUGGGCCACCAGGCGCCCACUGUUCGCAAAGGAGCCCUCGAUUGCCUGCGGGUCUAUCUGGCCGAAACUGCCAUUCCGGAGGCGGUCAUGCUGGGCAUCCUUGAAGCCGGCCUGACCAAGCAACCUCCAGCGGAAUCGGAGCACUUGGGUCGCCUCAGCUGCGGGGUUCUGCUCUCCCUGCCUGCGCUCCUGCAAUCCACGAUGCACACUCCACAGAGACACCGCAUCGCCCUUUGCACUCUGGAGCGAGUGGUCCAGCACAUGGAUCAACUGGCCCAGCAGGAGAUCAGCCUGAAGGUCCUGACCAAGAUCAGAGAGCUCUUGGGGGUCCACGAGUUCGAAGGCCUUAUGAGUGAUGUUGGACGCGGCGACGCUCUGGCCAAGUACUACCAACUUUGUCAGGUUUACGGGGUGUCUGGGAAACCGAAAAGGAACGGCGAGCUUAAAACAGGAGCAUGGCGAGCACUUCCGCGUGAACAGGGCUGGAGAAACAGUAACGCCAUGGAAUCCCCGCUCCAAAUGCAGUCCAACUGCCCGGACAAGGGGAAGGUGAUCAUGGAAACGGAGAUCAAGAUCAACGACGACACAGUGACCAUGCGGAUUCUCGAGGCGGAUACCGAGACUGAAGAAUCCGAUAGCCCGGCCAGGAAUUUCUCAAAGGAUGACGAGUCGGCGGACCUGGUUUGCCACCCUCUCUUGUCCAACAGCCACCACGAACUGAAUGUGGGGGCCGGUAUUGUGCAGGUUAUAAGCGAUUCGGAGUUGGACGAGCCCCGUGCCAUAAAGCCUGGCAGCGUUUCCGAGCCGAGUACUCCCUCACGCGGACUGAAGCGAGUCACCUUCGGGGGGGAGAUCGUUAAGAUGAGGACUCCCGAUAGCGACGCAGCCUCCUCGACAAACAAUUCUCGGAGCCCUGGACAGGCCACUCAGAGUGUCACUAUUCUGGAUGCAUCGUCCUCUCCAUUGACCUCGCCAGUGGAGGACUCGCAGCCUCCAAGAUCCGCUGGCGACAAGAGGACCACGGCCCUAGUUGUGGAGAUCCCUUCGGACAAUACGAAGCCAUUGCCGCAGGCACGACCCUUCAGCUCGCAGUCACCGCGCCAUCAGAGCAACGCGUCCGCUGAUCCACCUUUCUCAAGUAGUCCUCGAAAGGGACAGGAGGCCGAGGGAAAGCUGUCGCCAUCGCCUCGAUCUCCCGGUUUCCGGAGCCGCAGCACCAGUCCGACUGGGAGCAAUAACAUCAGCCCCAAGGUGCCGCACAAGCAAAUCGAGGUUCUGCACAACCUGCAGCGCGAUCCUUCGCCACGAUCUCAGCGCCGUUCGGAGGAAAUGGGUGGAACUGAGAAUGGGGAGGCACCCCUUCCUUUAGCAGGAAACCCCUCUGACUCACCGACACAGCCGCGGAGAACCAGAACCGCCUCUAUCGUGUCGGCAGAGUCACCGGCCACGCCCAAAUCCUGGGAGGAUCUGGACAUUGUCAACUUCAAGACGCUGAUGGACCUGCGAUCCGGGGAUUGGAGGAAUCGUCUGAUGGGCAUCGCCCAACUGGAACUCGCCCUAAGCUCGUCGAGCAAUUUGGCCUUGGUGCAACCGUAUCUGGACAGUCUGCUCCGCACCCUCCUCUCAUCGGAGCGUCACUUUGAGGUGUCCGAGUUGAAGCGGGAGCUGUUGGUUAAUCUCAUUUCGCGCCUGCCCCUGGACAACUUGGAGGAGCGCACACCGCAGAUCCUGACGGGAUUGUGUCGCCAGGGAAAUGCUGGAGCGAACCGGGUCUGCAAGGCUCUGAUGCAGCGCCUUCCCGCCGGAACCAUUGUGGCCAAGUUGACUUCGCCAGACUUCCUGCACGCAAAGAGUUCAAAGUUCCGGGACCACGCGCUUCAAGUGUCCAUCUUUGCGCUGAUGACCUUUCCGGGCACCUGCUUCGACAUCAGCCUCCUGACGGCUCAGGCCGUAUAUUCCUUGCUGAAUCGCAAGCGUCGCGUGCGCCAGGCGGCUCUUGAGGUCCUGGCAGUGCUGGCCGAUAUCUCAUCCAAAAAGGAGGUGUUAGCCAUUGUCUCUGAAACGAUCGACGGCGUGGAGCUGGGACCACAAGUCCUGGAGGCGGCGAGUGUGCGUCUCUCGCGCUUGCAGCUGCCCAUUGUCACGCCCGACAGUGGCGUGCUUUUUGUUUUUAACCAGACUGAUCAGCCUGGAUCCCGGCGUUCCGGAGCGGACGUGGAUUGGAUCUAUCAGGGGGAAGGCUCAGCCUCUCCAAACACAAUCAAGAGGCGACGCAUGCGGGCGGCGAGCACUCAGCGCGACGUACUUGAGAGCACCGAGGCAAAAAACAAGAAAGAUGCGUUCCACAGUUUCAGCCAGGUUAACGAGAGCCUGCAUCGCCACUCCUUCCACUCUCCGCCAGAAACUUUGGACAUGACUAGCCCCACAAAUGACUUUUCGCAAAGAUUAAGUUUUGGCGCUAAGACUAAUAAUGGAAAUCAUUCCUUCGUGGACCGUCGCUUGGUGGCCAAGGCGUGCUCAGAUACUUCCAUGGAUGGACGAAGUACUGACAGCACGACCACGACCUGCAGCAGUGGAAGCGCCACAAGCAGCUUCAUACAGCUCACCUCCCGCACCGGUGGUCAGUUCUCCGGAGCCAACUCCAGAUUUCCCGCCAUGAACCAGCAUACGGACUUUGUCAACAACUUUAUGCGGAGCAUGCAGCGCAGCUCUAAAGCCUACUCCGUGGAGGGACCGGCAUACCCGAAGGUCAGCUACUCGAUCCCAAAGUCCCAGCAGAUGCUUCGCAGGAAACUCCAGCACCAGCACUCCUUCACAAAGCUGAGGAACGCAGCUCCUGCUCAAGGUAAAUAUCGCUUCAGUGGUCGUCCUGCCAAUUACGUUACGCUAAAUUUGCAUGUAGGUGUCGAAAAUAGCAAGUUAAACGAGUCCCAAAGGAGACAGCAGAGCGGCAUUUCCGCUGACCACCUGCAAUCGCUGGACACCGAGUGCGCCGACGCCACAAAAUCAGUGGAUACAUCGAGGGCAGUUCAGCCUUUGGAAGCAGCGGAAAAAGACAUGAUGGACGGCUCUCCCCUGUCCGUAAGGUCCACCAGCUAUUCGCAAAAGUCGACAGCCUCGGCGAAAUCGUGUGGCAGCCAAAGCGAGAUGGGCAAGCGAACCUCCUCAUCCGCUGAAGAUCGAAACGACUCUAAGACGGAGUUGCUGAGCCGCGAACAGGAUCCUGUCGAGGCCUUCGGCGAGUUGGUGGUGGACGACAUUGAAGAUGAGACGGAAACGGAGCCUCCGGCCCACGAGGAGCCGCUCAAGCUCAAUGGCAGCCUAAACAGCCUGCACAGCAAAACGGAGAGCAUCAAAACCCAGCUGGAGGACACUACACCGCAGCUCUCGCGGGCUCAGUCAGUGAAAUCCCUGCCCAUCGAGGAGGAUAUCGAGGGCAGCAACAGCUUCGUGGUGGUCGAGGAAGUGCAGCACGAGCUGGACUCAUCGCCCCCGGAGACCACGCCGGUGAAGGAAUUUCAGGAGCAGCCAGUAGCACCAGCGGAGGUAGCCAAGCUGGAAGAUCACACCUUUGGCCCGAAGUUGGUUCCAAUGCGGGACGACAUAGUGAUCCAUUCACGCAGCAUUUCCCUGGACUCACUUUACGGGGCACGACCGGGCUCGAAGCAGGGUUCUCUGGACACCAGCACCAGCACCACGGACAACACCUCGCAGUCUGGCUCUCAAAUGGGCAUCGCCGGUGUCCCCGGAAAGGUUCAGCACACGCCGCUCAAGCAGAAGUCCAAGACUUCGUACUUCCUGCGGGCUCAGCGACGAGUCUCGCCCGUGAAGCAGGCCAUCAAGAUGUCCCAGGCGGAGCUCUUCCCGCAGAACAUGGCGCGCUUCGACAAGCCCCGCGAGGCUCUGCUCAAGACCUUCGACCAGCUGGACUCGAGCAACUGGGAGACCAACAUGACCGGCUUGAAGAGCAUGGUGCGUCUGAUCCGCUACCAUGCCGACACUCUGGACAAUCAGAUGCACAUGACCUGCAUCCAGCUCACGCGCUCAGUGCGCAAUCUGCGUUCCCAGGUGGCCCGAGCUUCCUGCCAGGCAGCUGCGGAGUUGUUCUCCCUCAAGUCCACCAGUCUCCAGCUGGAGUGCGACGACUUGGUUUGUGCCCUUCUGCACCGCACCGCCGACACGAAUCGCUUUCUCCGCGCCGACGCCACUCGGGCCCUGGAGUCGAUGGUGGAUCACGCUCAGCCGCAGAAGAUACUUAACAUCCUGGCCGCGAAGGGAGCUCAGCACCAGAACGCCCUGGUGCGCACCACAUCCGCCAAGCUGCUCUUCAGACUGGUCGAGCGAUUGGGCAGUGAUCGCAUCUACGCCAUGGGUCGCGAGAGCCGCGACAAGUUCUUUGUGGUGGGGGCGAAUCUGCUGCUCGAGGGCAGCCUAGAGACCCGCAGCUACGCCAAGUCCUUGUUCCGGGCCCUCUCCGAGCACCACAACUACCAGCGACUGCUCCUGGAGGUGAUUCCGCCGCGCACCUACAGAAACGUGGAGAAGACGCUGCGGAGCAUCACACGUUGAUUCCCGUUGACAUCUGUACAGCUUAGGUUUAGUAGCCGCAGCCACUGGAAGCUUACAUAUGAUAAGGGCACAGCAUUGGAACCUUAAUCUAGAGUACAUUCUAUACCUAACCUUAAAGACUAAUAAAAACAUUGUUACAUCUCAA